AUGACUAUCAAGAGUCUGGCGGCAGCAUUGGUCGUCUCCACUACAGUCGUUCGGCGACUGCUCAAAGAGGGCGUCUUCAGACGCCACUCCAGCAACGUAAAGCCCGCGCUUACGGAAGAGAACCGCCUUGCUCGUGUCCAGUUUGAACUGAGCCACACGACGAGAAAGCGAGGUGGUGAGGUGGUAUUCGCCGACAUGUUCGACGUCGUCCACAUAGACGAGAAGUGGUUUAAUGAAGACACAGACCGGAAGUGCUACUACCUCGAUGCAGACGAGGAAGAGCCCGUUCGCCAGCGUCAGAGUAAGCGCUUCAUUAGCAAGACCAUGUUCAUUGCCGCAGUUGCCCGUCCUCGAUAUGACGCGCAUCGCAAACAGGCGUUUGACGGGAAGAUCGGUAUUUGGGCGUUCGCUGAGGAGUACGAGGCAAAGCGCACCAGUAAGAACAGACCCAAGGGGACUAUCGUGUUACGCAAUGUCGAGAGUGUAGACCGAGAAGCAUACAAAGCGACACUCAUUGGCGACAUCAUCCCAGCGAUCAAGGCCAAGUGGCCACGGAGCGGCAAGAAGCGCACGAUUUACAUACAACAGGACAACGCCAAACCUCACGUGUCAGUGGAUGAUCCGGACAUCAUGGCUGCAGGUCGCAGUGGGGGCUGGGAUAUUCGAAUGCGCUGCCAACCCCCGAACUCGCCCGAUCUUAAUGUGCUAGAUCUAGGUUACUUCCGCUCAAUCCAGUCGCUGCAGUAUCAGACGGAGUGUCGCGGAGUGGAAGCGCUACUCGACACCGUAAACAGCGCCUUCAGCGCCAUGAAAGCCGACACUCUGAGCAAGAUCUUCAUGACCCUCCAGACGUGUAUGGAAUGCAUCACCAGGGCAAAUGGCGGCAACAACUACAAGACUCCACACCGAGGCAAGGACGCCCUAAAAAAAACCGGCCAGCUACCAGUGUCGUUCGCUUGCUCUGCAGAAGUCUAUCAUCAAGGCGGGAAGUUCGUCCGUGCAGCUCUGGAGGCGAAGAAGGCUCAAGAGAAGAAGGCAGCCCUUGAGGCCAGAAGCAAGAAGUAG